AUGAACACCUUCCUGCUCUCUGUGCUGUGUCUGCUGGGGGCCUGGGCUUCCCUGGCAAGUGGAGUCACUGUGCAGGAUGGAGACUUCUCCUUUCCUCUGGAGUCAGUGAAGAAGCUCAAGGAUCUCCAGGAGUUCCAGAAGACCAGGAUUGAGACCCUCAAGAGGGGCAGAAUGGUGGCUGGAGACGUGGUUGAACCCUUCCUGUGUAGCCACCCAGACUUUCCCAAAGAACUCAAGCCUCUCUGCAAAGAGCCCAAUGCCCAGGAGAUCCUGCAGAGGCUGGAGGCCAUCGCUGAAGACCCCAGCACUUGUGAGAUCUGUGCUUUUGCUGCCUGUGCUGGAUGCUAG